AUGUCGGCAGCUUCAGUUCAUACAGGUUCGGCAACUGCUGCUGCUUCUGCUGCUGCCACUACAGUGAACACAACACCACAACAACAACAACCAAUUAUUCAACAACUUGUAUCAACACCUCAGGAAUCACUCAAGCAUUGUGAAUGUAGAAAUGCUAAGGAACUUAUUCAACUCAUUAGGUCAGAUGCCAUUGAGUUCAUCGAGGCAUCUUGGCCUGAUGACAUGGGCCUCUGGUACAGCACCUCAAUCCGCUCACAUGAGGUGUCCUUGCAGAACCUGGUCGAGGGUAUCAGAUUCUACGAUCAAGUCCUGAUGGUUGACUCCUCGUCUGCACGCUUCGACCUAACAAAGAAGAACAAGACCAUUCUCGUACGAUGCUCAAGCGUGCAAAGAAUGUCACUGACCACCGACAACAACUCAUCUGUCUCUGCCAGCUCAAGGUCUUCCAGGUCGAAGCAACCAAACAACUGUAACAACAACAACAACGCAACACAACAACAAAGACAUCACAACCACCCAUCCUCAGCAUCCUCCCCUCCAUCGAUGUUCUCCUCGGACGAUGACGGUGGUGCAGACUUUGAUGAGUCGUCCAAUGAUGAAUCGGUGAUUGGUGACUGCGAGGUCUAUCACAGCCCCUCAAUGCCAACCAACAAGCUCUCCUACCUAAUUGAUGAAUCGGAGCGAGAGCGCACGAGCAAGAGACACCCCUCCAGGAAGUCACCUCGCGCCCCCCAUGCCUCACUGAACGACUCCUCCGAUUCUAUCCUGACCGACUCGUCUCCUCCCGAUUCACCUUCCACCAAUCCACCAUCCUCUCCUCCACUCUUGGGCAAGAGGAAAGAUGCAGAUUGGUUGGAAUGCCCAAAGAACCGGGUGGAGCUGGUGCCCGAUCUCUCCAAUCCAACACUUAUCGCUCUGGAAAGAGUUCCUGAUGGCAUGGCAUCCCCUGGAAGGGUACCAAACUCUGAACUCUCAUCCAUCGAUAAUACUGAGAGGUUGAUAAUAGAAGGACAAAUCCAACUGCCACCCCUUCUUCGACCUCGCCAGUAUCAUGCUUGUAAGAUUUCCAAGGAGGAGCGAUCCUCCAAGAGAAGAAAGAGUCAUACAACAUUGUUUUGUAGACAUUGUGGCACCAACGACACUCCAGAGUGGCGCAGAGGACCAGACGGACGCAAAUCACUUUGCAAUGCUUGUGGUCUUCACUAUUCGAAAACCAUCAAGAGAGAGCACCAGAACCAGAUCGACCAGACCAGGACAUUUGACAUCACCAACCUCUUGAACCCUGCUGCUGAGUGCUAG